GUGACCCGGGUGGGAAAGCCCUCCGCGUCCGCCAUUUUGGCUGCCUCUGUCCGUCUGUUCAGUUACCACGUGAACCGCCGACGGAGACCCGUGGUGGGGGGGGAGGAGGCGGCAGCGUUAAGUGAGAAAGGGAAAAAAGACAACGAGGAGAAGGGGGUGUCCGGGUAGGGAGACGCGGCGACACCCAAGGCCCGGUGGUGGCGACGGAUCGUUGUAUUCAAGGCUGAAGCAGCAAAGGAACGGCAGCGGCGGCGGUCGGACAAACAGACUGACCGAGCCGGGUAGUGGCGGGAGCAGCGGGAGGAGCCGGAACGAUGCCGGCCGUGAGCCUCCCGCCCAAGGAGAACGCGCUCUUCAAACGGAUCUUGAGAUGUUAUGAACAUAAACAGUAUAGAAAUGGAUUGAAAUUCUGUAAACAAAUCCUCUCUAAUCCCAAAUUUGCAGAGCAUGGAGAAACCCUGGCUAUGAAAGGAUUAACAUUGAACUGUUUGGGAAAAAAGGAAGAAGCUUACGAAUUGGUUCGUAGAGGUUUGAGAAAUGACUUGAAGAGUCAUGUGUGUUGGCAUGUUUACGGCCUUCUUCAGAGGUCAGACAAGAAGUAUGAUGAAGCCAUUAAGUGUUACAGAAAUGCACUAAAAUGGGAUAAAGACAAUCUUCAAAUCUUAAGGGACCUUUCCUUACUACAGAUUCAAAUGCGAGAUCUUGAGGGUUACAGGGAAACGAGAUACCAAUUACUUCAGCUUCGACCUGCACAGAGAGCAUCAUGGAUAGGUUAUGCUAUCGCUUACCAUUUAUUAGAAGAUUAUGAAAUGGCAGCAAAAAUUUUAGAAGAAUUUAGGAAAACACAACAGACAUCCCCUGAUAAGGUGGAUUAUGAAUAUAGUGAACUACUUUUAUAUCAGAAUCAAGUUCUUCGGGAAGCAGGUCUUUAUAGAGAAGCCUUGGAGCAUCUUUGUACCUAUGAAAAGCAGAUUUGUGAUAAACUUGCUGUAGAAGAAACCAAAGGGGAACUUCUGUUGCAACUGUGUCGUUUGGAAGAUGCUGCGGAUGUUUAUAGAGGAUUGCAAGAGAGAAAUCCUGAAAACUGGGCCUAUUACAAAGGCUUAGAAAAAGCACUCAAGCCAGCUAAUAUGUUAGAAAGGCUAAAAAUUUAUGAGGAGACCUGGACUAAAUAUCCCAGGGGACUGGUGCCAAGACGGCUGCCAUUAAACUUUUUAUCUGGUGAGAAGUUUAAAGAAUGUUUGGAUAAGUUCCUAAGGAUGAAUUUCAGCAAGGGUUGCCCACCAGUCUUCAAUACUUUGAGGUCAUUAUACAAAGAUAAAGAAAAGGUGGCAAUCAUAGAAGAAUUAGUAGUAGGUUAUGAAACCUCUCUAAAAAGCUGCCGGUUAUUUAACCCCAAUGAUGAUGGGAAGGAGGAACCACCAACCACAUUACUUUGGGUCCAGUACUAUUUGGCACAACAUUAUGAUAAAAUUGGCCAGCCAUCUAUUGCUCUGGAAUACAUAAAUACCGCUAUUGAAAGUACACCGACGUUGAUAGAACUCUUUCUUGUGAAAGCUAAAAUCUAUAAGCACGCUGGGAAUAUUAAAGAAGCUGCGAGGUGGAUGGAUGAGGCCCAGGCAUUGGACACAGCAGACAGAUUUAUCAACUCCAAAUGUGCAAAAUAUAUGCUAAAAGCCAAUCUGAUUAAAGAAGCUGAAGAAAUGUGCUCCAAGUUUACAAGGGAAGGAACUUCAGCAGUAGAGAAUUUGAAUGAAAUGCAGUGCAUGUGGUUCCAGACAGAAUGUGCCCAGGCUUAUAAAGCAAUGAAUAAAUUUGGUGAAGCACUUAAGAAAUGUCAUGAGAUUGAGAGACAUUUUAUAGAAAUCACUGAUGACCAGUUUGACUUUCAUACAUACUGUAUGAGGAAGAUUACCCUUAGAUCCUAUGUGGACUUAUUAAAACUAGAAGAUGUACUUCGACAACAUCCAUUUUACUUCAAGGCAGCAAGAAUUGCUAUAGAGAUCUAUUUGAAACUUCAUGAUAACCCCCUCACAGAUGAGAAUAAAGAGCAUGAAGCUGAUACAGCAAACAUGUCUGAUAAAGAGCUAAAGAAGCUACGUAAUAAACAAAGAAGAGCGCAAAAGAAAGCCCAGUUAGAAGAGGAGAAAAAAAAUGCAGAAAAAGAAAAACAGCAGAGAAAUCAGAAAAAGAAGAAGGAUGAUGAUGAUGAGGAAAUUGGAGGUCCAAAAGAAGAACUUAUCCCUGAGAAACUGGCCAAGGUUGAAACUCCAUUGGAAGAAGCUAUUAAAUUUUUAACACCGUUGAAGAACUUGGUGAAGAACAAGAUAGAAACUCAUCUUUUUGCCUUUGAGAUUUACUUUAGGAAAGAAAAGUUUCUUUUGAUGCUACAAUCAGUAAAGAGGGCAUUUGCUAUUGAUUCUAGUCAUCCCUGGCUUCAUGAGUGUAUGAUUCGACUCUUUAGUACUGCAGUAUGUGAAAGUAAAGAUUUACCUGAUACAGUUAGAACAGUGUUAAAACAAGAAAUGAAUCGUCUUUUUGGAGCAACAAAUCCAAAGAAUUUUAAUGAAACUUUUCUGAAAAGGAAUUCUGAUUCAUUGCCACACAGAUUAUCAGCUGCCAAAAUGGUAUAUUAUUUAGAUCCUUCUAGUCAGAAGCGAGCUAUAGAGUUGGCAACAACACUUGAUGAAUCCCUCACUAACAGAAACCUCCAGGUCAUUAAAUUGAGAGGAUUCAAGGAAAUAGAAGCUAAGGCUGUUCACAUGGACAAUGAAAUCAUCUCAGAUGAUGGUGGGACUCACAAUGGAGAUGAAGACCACAAACCAGAGAGAAGAAUAACUCGGAGCUUAGCAGAUGACAGUAACAAGCUGGAAUAG